UCCUGUGUCAAGUGCCAUUUCCCUCAAAGCCAUUAUCAUUGCUUUCUUCAAAGUUAUUAAACUUUCUCCAUCGUCCAUCGGACAUCAGUUCCCAUUUUGGUGUCGACUGGUGAAGAAGUAUUAUACAGUCGGUAUUAACCACGAUUACGUCCAAAAUGAUCGUUUACUAUACUUACUUGAAAUAUUUGGCUUUCGCUGUAGUUGCGGCUUCUCUACCAGUAAUAGGGUUGAUUGUACUCAAGUUUAUACAAAAAUUCAGCGCUGGAAAGGUAAAAAGUUUGGUAUGCUUGAGUGGAAAAACGGCUAUAGUGACGGGAGGAUGUUCAGGUAUCGGCUUCGAAACGGCCCUAGUACUGGCCUCCAGAGGCGCAAGGGUUAUCAUAGCCGACAGGAAAGACGCCACCAAAGCGAAGAACAAAAUAAUUGAAAUCACACACAACACCAACAUAGAGACUAAGCACCUCGAUUUGACAUCAUUGCAGUCGGUGAGGAAGUUUGCCAAGGAAAUCAACGGCACCGAGGAGCGAUUGGACAUCUUGAUAAAUAACGCAGGGGUCGGCACCGUCGGCAACAAACACACUGACGACGGCCUACAUUCCACCAUGCAAAUUAAUCAUUUCGGGCCUUUCCUGCUGACACAUUUACUUACAGAUCUACUCAAGAAAUCUGCACCUAGCCGAAUAAUCUUCGUCAGUUCCGUUUACGCCUUCUGCAGCAACUUGACGUUGGACAACCUGAACUAUCCCCAGGGACAUCCACUUUCCCUGUUCCGAACGUCUCUAAUUUACGGAAAUUCUAAACUAGCCAACAUAAUAGCUGCCAACGGCUUCGCUGAGAGGUUAAAAGAAUACGGCAUCACCUCCAAUUCCUUGCAUCCUGGACUAAUCAACACUUCCAUCUAUGUGAAAUCUGCCAAGUACCUAGGACUACAAAGCUUGGCUAGACUUUUUAGGAAUAUCUUCCUCUUUGCGUACGGGAAGACUCCUGAAGAGGGUGCCCAAACGACCAUCCAUCUAGCUCUCUCAAACAAAUUGAAAGAUGUAACUGGUAAACACUUUUGGGAUUGUAGAAUGUUCCCCAUGCCACUUAGCGCUUGGAAUAAGAAAUUCUGUGACGAUAUUUGGGAAAAGAGCGAGCAGCUAGUUGAGCUAAAGCCAGAAGAAAGGUUAUAAGACCUUAAGUUCAAUUAAUAACCUUGCCUUAGUAUCUAUAAUGUUAAUUUAAUUUAAUAGUAGUUAGUAUUCGUUGUUCUUGUUAAAUGUUUAUUUAAUUACAUAGCAAUGAUUCUACAUCACUUUUUAGGAUUUAAAAUGAAUCGAUUAUUA